UAUCAGUGGGCAGGAAUGGAAACGUGUAAGUUGUUAAUGUAGUUUAAUCAGCAGGCAGAAAUGGAAACGUAUAUUGGGUUUGUGACAUUUGCAGCGACACAGAUUUUAGCAGACACUGGUCUUUUGGAAUGUUACAGCUGUCGAAAUGCCUCUAAUAUCAAUGUGUGUAACCAAGCCGUUACCUGUGCAGCUAAUCAGGCGUGUUUCAUGGAAGUCAUGACACAGGCGAAUGCUCAAAAAUCGUAUACGAUGUCGUGUCGUGAUAACAACGAUUGUAGCAAACUGAGUUCUUCUAUUCAUCCGGUUGGUCGAUCCCCUGACGGUCCAGUUAGAAGGCAAUCUUCUUUCGAUCACAAUUAUUGUCGAGAAUGCUGUUCCAGCUCAUUGUGCAACAUAGGAAUCUGUAACCACACGCAACCUAUUGUCUGUGAAGACGACCCAAGCAUCGACUGUGCAAGAAUCAGCUCAAUUUUCAAUGUGUGUGAAGAUAUUCAUAAAGCAAAGAUGGUUUGUCCAAAAUUCUGCAACCUUUGCAAUAUUGUGGACGGAAACUGGAAUACGUGGUCAUCCUGGACCGUCUGUGACGUCACGUGUGGAAAUGGAACUCGGUCACGUGAUCGAGCAUGUACCAACCCAGCGCCACAAAACGGAGGUCAAGAUUGUAUAGGAAGUAGUGUUACAAGCGAAACGUGUUCUAUGGCAGUUUGUCCAAUUCACGGUAGCUGGAGUGAAUGGUCAUCAUGGGGAUCGUGUUCAGUCACUUGCGAUAUUGGCCUGCAGAGACGUGACAGGGACUGUGACACCCCAUACCCGGCUCUAGGUGGAGACCACUGUUUUGGGGACUCCAGGGAUGAUAGGAUAUGCUAUGAAUCGGCUUGCGCAAACGGAGGAUGGUCCCCAUGGGAACAAUGGAGUUCUUGUUCAGUCACCUGUGGAGACGGGCUGCGAACAAAAAAUAGAGCGUGCAACAAUCCAGCGCCAUCCUUCAUUGGUCGUUAUUGCGACGGACAACCUCAAGUCACUGACCUGUGUUAUAACAAACCCUGUUUAGAAAGGCAGAAUGUGGCGUUCUCAGUAUAUUUGCAACAGUCGGUGUACAACAUGAGUUCAAACCAAACAAUCACAUUUGAAGUCGUUGUUAUAAACGACGGAAAUGCUUACAACCGUAGCACAGGAAUAUUCACAGUUCCAGUAUCCGGGGUCUAUAUGCUCACGGCGUCCUUAGAAUCAACACAAGGUCAUCGGCAAUGGUUCAACAUUGUUGCGGACGGACCGAAAGCUAUGGACGUGUUUGAGGGAUUCGCAUUCACUCAGGACGAAAGCCAGGAAGACAUAGACGUCAUUCUACAGGAAUUUGAAGCAUUCUGUGUUGGGAAGGCCAACGCUACGUACGAAAGAUACCUGUUUCAUACGUGCGUACAAGCGCCGGAAUACUUCCAGCAGUAUUUGCAAGAAAGCCUUAGUGGUCUCAGUGGAAUAUGCGCCAUAGCGGACGAUAUAAUUAUUUACGGCAAAGGCUCAACAUACGACGAAGCCGUCAGAGACCACGACACCAACUUGAAAAAAUUGUUGCAACGAUGCAUAGAACGCAACAUCAAGCCAAACAAAGAUAAGUUGCAGCUACAUAAGACAAGCAUUCCGUUUGUUGGUCAUUUAUUAACGGACAAAGGUGUUAAACCGGACCCAGCGAAAGUUGAAGCAAUCAUGAACAUGCCGAAACCAACAGACAAGCUGGGUGUGCAGAGUCUAUUAGGUCUUGUCAAUUAUUUGACAAAGUUUCUACACAAGCUAAGUGACAUGUGUGAGCCACUACGUCAGCUUACACACAAGGAAAACUUAUUCUAG